CAGCCCAAAUCCUUGCAACUCACACGACCUUCUAACGUCACUUGAGGCACCCGUGGGUCGUUUUCCUCAUCAUCGUACGUUUGUAUGGUGGAGAACAGUUAGUGUCUGUAAAAAAAAAAGGUGUUAAAAGAGUGAAAUCAGAAUGAUCUCACAUUCCAAUCAGUAACAAACCGAAUCAACCAGCAUCACGUAAUGACUCCAAACAGCGCGUUUUAUUUUGUUUUGAAAUGGUUGCUCAUCGAUUGAAAGAAGUGUUCAAAAGGACACUUGGGAACUGGGGGGGUUUGGGUGUCAUUGGGGCGAGGGUUCCGUUCAUAGACUCUUUUUUUUCUUUAUUGGUGGAGGUGGAUGCGCGUCAACAGCUGAGCUCAUAAGCAAGCAUCCUCUUGUCAUUUUCUUGCUCCUGAGCUUUCUUGUUAGAUUCUCGCCUUAGAUUUAUUAUUUUUAUUCCGUCUCUUGUUUCGCUGAGUUUACGGAUCUAGCUUAAAAUAAGGGGAAUAUCCCGUCUACCCUCAGCGUUGAGAUUGAGUUGAACUUAUUUGGAAAAACCAGUCAUGCCACUGCUCGAAAAACAAUCGAGACCACCGACCUUUUUACGCUCCGUUCCCCUCCUGUUUGCUCUCGUCGCACUUGGAGCUUUUGCCUUGAGCUUGACCAUAACCUUCACCAAACAAAAAUGGUUCGAGCAAUACGCCGACGUUGGUGUGCAGGGAAUGGGUGUCGUGCAAUCACUUUCUCUCCGGAUCGGAUUGUUUGGGUGGUGUGUGAAAGGACUGCCUUCAACUGUGGAUGUGCCGCAGGUUCAAGGUGGCGGGGCGGACGAGUGUAGGCCGGUGGACGUUUGCGGGGUUGUCGGUGAAGUUUGCAAAAUUGUGGAUGCUGUGCGGGCUUUUAUGAUUGCGAGUGAUGUCGUGGUUGGAUUAGCCUUUGUUGCAUGUAUAUUAUUGAGAAGAUAUCGUGGCAUGACGGUGUACAUUGUGACACUCAUCUUGAGUCUCAUUGCUCUUCUCCUCCAAGUGGCCGUCCUUGUGUUCUUCCGCAUCUUACCCUCUCAACUGCGUCCACGCGUUCCCGACCUUGUGAAAUCUCUCGCAGGCAACGCUGCACGAUACCUGUACUCGGACACAGGACCCUCCGUCUACUUGUAUCCUUACCGCGUCAUGAUGGCGUCUGUCGGACUCAUAGGUUUUGUGUUCUUUGGCACAUUAAUCUUGUCCUGCGUUGAAAAGUGUGGGCGACGGUAUGGGAAGAACAAGCGACAAACAUGGGGCUUCAGGAGCGUUCGAAUUGACCGUGAUUCAGGCAUUGGAAUGUCUGAGGUGGAGCACGACGAGCUUAAAGUUUAAAGCCGUGGGAUGUGGGUCUGGCGUAAAUAUGUAAAGCAAAAGGUCGGUCUGUACAAAGCAUGAGAGUCAAAAGCAAAUGUGUAAAAAAGAGGAGCACGAUGCAAUAUUUUAUCCUGUACAUAUACAAAAAUAUAUAUCUCGCUACCAUAAA